AUGGUAGUGGAACUUCCUGACUUAGAACCGCCAUUAUCAGCCUGCAACCAUUCCAAAGGACAGAGCAAGAACCAACAUGCUGUCAUUGAUAGUUUCCGUCAGAAAUGUAGUGUGCUAAAUCGAGAUGAACUUGCUGCAGCGCUCAUGGUUCCAAGUAAAGAGAUGUUUGGUUCAUCCUUACAAGAUGUUGUGACAUGUGUCGGGUGCAGAAGAAGCAUGGAGGAGAUGUUCACAAGGCUACGAGACAAGAAACAUGUUCAUGUAUUAGAGCCACUGGUCAUUACUCCAAACUCGGAGCUUUCUGUAACCUCUUGUACACUCUACGACUUCCGUAUGCUGCAUAACAUUCUCUACGUACAAAGGGAUAGACAGAAACAACUUUUGGAAAGUUUACAGAAAAAUAAGAAGCGUCGAUGUCCACUCCACUCUCUAGACAAUCAUAAAAUAAAACAAAUAUCAGUAUGGAUAGAUGUGUGGGAGGUGAUGAAGAAACCAUGUAGAGAAGAAGUAACGAUACUAUCAGAAAAAGGGCUUCUACAAACAACAGAGAGAUACCUACAAAAGCAUAGGUUCUGCACAGACUGCAAAGCAAAGGUAAUGACAGCUUUCAACAUUCUAUUUGGAGAUGUGAAACCAUGUUCAGAGAAGGGUUACAAUCCAGCAGUGUAUGAAGGAUUGAGACUGUGUCGAGAGGAGAGACAUAUCCAUCUAUCAACAGAUACAGACUUUGUUGCUAGGCUCAUUAGCAGGGCUGAACCAGACCUACAUGGAGUACGGCGUGAGCGGCAUGCAAAGACCAUUGAUAUCGCCCAGGAGGAGGUGUUAACUUGUCUUGGUCUUCAUCUCUUUGAGAAGCUCCAGAAGAUUCAUCAAAAGCUAAAAGCAGAGGAGCGAACCUGGGACCUACUCCUCACCUUCGGCAAAAUCAAGUUGAGAAAAUCUUUUGAGAUGGCUUUAGAAUCCAAGGAAGGCAUGUCUAGAUUAGAGCUGGUAUGUGAAGAAAUCACAGAGGCUGACAGAGCCAAGAGGGAGAAGAAAGAACAGAAGAAACUCAAGAAGAAAGCUCGUAAGAAAAACAAAAGCAACGCUUCACCUGAAACGGAGAAGAACUUGGGUCAAAGGUCACAGGUCAUGAAGGAAGUGGAGGUUUCUAUUAUUCCUCAGGAAAGAUCGUGUGAGUGUGAUCCUGCCAAUGAUUUGAAUGAUAAUACAGCCAACCUAGAAUGCAGUACAUGUUCCCUAAGCCAAGGGGAUGCCGUCCAUCAUCUGUCUACCUAUCGUACAGACAAUGUAGACUAUUCCAGUGGUGUGGAGUGUGGAGAAGACCAGAGCUCUAGAGACAGUUCAGAUAUUGCUUGUUCUGAAGGCAUGUGUAAUCAUUGUGAUGAUGAUAUCAUGCAAGGUGAAGAUGUAGACCAAUGUAAUGGUGAGGAUGAGAUCUGUGCAGACUGUGAUAUCACCCAAGGCAAUGGUGAUGCUACUAUGGUCAAAGGACGGUUUAAGUGCAAUGGUGGUCAACCAUUACCAACAACACAUUGUUCUCAUUCAGAGAUUCAAGAGGACAGGGGAGAGAAUUCCCAAGUACAGAAAAUAUGUCAGUGCGCUAAUGAAGACCAACUUAGAAGGGCAGUAGGUUGGACAAUGCGGUUACAGGACAUGUUGAUAGAGCCUGAGUCUGUGUUGGCUGAGAAUGAGGAGGAGUUACUCAUUUCCCAGGAGGAGAUCCGAGACUUCCGUGCCAAUCACAAAUCUGUUCACCGGCAGCGCCAGCAGCUACGGGCCAAACUCCAACAGCGCUUUAACCGACGCUUCCAGGGGCGGGAACCCUUGUGUGCUACAGACUAUCGGCUGGGACAGCUCACUAUCGCUGUUGAUUAAUUAUCAAGGUUCUAGGAUUGGGAUAGGGCUCAUGAAACAAAAAUGUCAUCUACUCUUGUGCAAAUGUAAUUCCAAAUUUAGCAUAGACUAUUUAUUAAGUACUGGUAAAAGGCAUAAAAGAAUUUCACGCAUGGGGGAUUGUAUAGUCUUUUCUCUUUUUAAUGAUGUAAUAUAAAUAUUAUCAAUCAUGAAUAUAAUUUUUGGAAGCCAUAAGACUGACACAAAGCAUGCAUGGUGUAUCAUCAGACUGUCCUUAAGUUACCAACACACAGCUUUACAAAUGACUCGUAAAACAAACAAAAUAUUAUUAGAAAGUAUCUGAUUGCCCUUGUUCAAAGUGGCAAAUGAAUAAUUACAUUGAAAAUAUUUAUCAAUUAAUAAAACAAAUGAAUUAUCAUAUCCUGACUUGAGCCUGAAAUAUCCCUCAGUAUUUGCACCUCUUCUCAAUUCCAAGUCAUUUUGAAAUUUAACAUAAGAAAAGCCUUAUGUAACACACUAUUGCAGGUUGUGUCUUUCAAACCAAGUUUGUGUGUAAUAUUAGACUGAAUGAUCAUGUAAUGACUACUUACAGUCUGAUUCAUAGAAAACUAUAAAUGAAAAUAAUUGAAGAAAACCAACAUUGUUACAUUCCACUGUGAUCAGGAUAUAAGGAGGAGAAGAGUUGAAGAGCAAGAGGCACUGUACUUACGGAAUAACGUGAAAAAUAAACUUUACAUGGAUAAACUUGCUUCCAUUUUUAAAUUUAAACGGGGUCGGUAAAGUGAAAGAUAAUGUAGUUAUGGAAAUGAAAUGAAUGGUUGCUAAGAGCAAUGCAUUAAAUUUAUAACAGAGAUAUUUAUGAAGAGUAUGACUUUUUUGCAGUGAAAGAAGUGUGUAUUUCUUACAGGCAAGUGAAUUUUUGUCUUUAAUGUGUUCCUCUAUUGUUUUUCUUAUUUUUAUCUACUACUCUGUUUCUCCUAUCUCUGACUCCUUCUCCUCUCUCUCUCUCUCUCUCUCUCUUUAUCUCUUUUUCUCUCCCCCCCCCCCUCUCCCCCUUGCCUUCGUGUCACCUUAUUUUGUCUCUCUUACUCCAUGUGCAAUGAAAAAAAAAGAAUGAAAAGAAGAAUCCUCUCUUGAACUAUUAAGGAUUCUGUAGAAAGAUAAAAGAAAAGCUAAAGCAUGUAAAAUGAAUCAAUGCAGUGUUAUGAGGUUGAAAUGCAUUCCAGUCUGCAUCAUGUGUCUCAGUUACAAAAACAGCCAGCUGAACUUAAGAACAGUCUGUUUUGUCCAUAAAAGGGCUAACAAGAGAUAAAAGAUUGAUAAAGAAAAGAUGACAUUUUAAUUGUAUUGCAGGAGACCAUGGUCGUUUAUGUAGCCCACAUAAAGACCAAAAUAUGUUUAAAGGAGAAUGAAACCCCUGAAACCACUUGAAUUCAUAUAUAAGAGAAAAAUCAAAGAAACAGAAUGAAGAAAGUUUCAGGAAGAUUGAAUGAAUUGUGAGAAAGCUGCAAGCAUUUGAAUUCAUUAGAAUCAAAUUUACCUAAAUGUGAUGACGUCAUAAAAUGCAAAACUGUAUUUUUCAAAUUCCGAUGCCAUUGAUGCCAUCACGAUGUUAUUGAGGGUCAAAUACAACAUGAGAUCAUAUCUAUUGUUCAUAAUCUAACCAACCAUGAAAAAGAAAAUUGGGGUCCCCAUUUUUCUGAUGAGCUAUAGCGAAUUUUAUAGAGGCAUAUUUUUGCCCACAUAUGACCUAUUAUUAGAGCUCACAUGCAUGCUUUUAUGGACGCACAUUUCCGAUAAUUGAUCAUAAAAAAGCUGAAUGUGGUAUCAAAUUGCUCAGAAUAUAAUGUACAAAUUCAAGACACGUGUGCACCUAUGCAUAUGAUCUUAAAAAAUAGCCAGGACAUGCCCACUAUGACAUCUAUACAUGACAUGAAAAUCAAGGAAAUUGACAUGCCCAAUUACAAGAUCUUGUAGGAAAAAAAAAAUCUAUUAAAGUAAACAAAAAAGAAAGAAAGAUCUAUCAUAUACAUAUAUGACAGACCACCUACAUAGUGCCCUUUUUUGUAAUCAAGUGUUCAUUUUCUCUAUCAUAAUACAAAUCAUAAAUAAUUCUAAAUUUCAUAUUGUAAAUAUCAAUUGGCUUGUGGGGGAAGUUCCUGAAAGUGCCCCUGGGCAGUUUUGGUGUUUUUUUUCAUGAAAUGCAACUGGGCUGUGAUCAAACUCAUUAGAAAUCAUCCCAAUAACGUCAAAAUUAGAGUUGAAUUAAUCUGGUUUUGCCUGAUAUAGGACUAAGGAUAUAAAAAUAGAUAAAAAGGGUAAUUUUAAAAGAAUGGGGCACCAACUAUGGAAUGACAUCCAUAAGGCCCACCCCUCCCCCUAUUUGCUAAAUAUUAGCAAGUUUUAUUAAAUUUUUAGGAAAAUUUUAAGAUCCAGAUAAAAUUGAUAUGUGCAUUAGACCUCUAUUAAAGAAAAUCUAUAGAAAUACCCAGAAUUAUUGCAACACGGGCGUGAGUGCUACCCAUGUAUUUUAUUUUUUAAGAUUUUUUUAGGAGGGGGUUAAUAAAUGGUAUAAAAUCAUUUACGUUAUUGCAUAUUUAAGCGCCAAUGCCCCCCCCCCCCACACACAUUUUUUGCCAACUCCAACUACCAUUGUCCAGCAGAUUACAUAGAUAUCAUAAAAAUAUGUCAUCUGAAUUUGUAGUCCCACACGUGGAAAAUGUUGAUACAUCUAACUUUCUUCCAUUAGCUACAUAAACUAAAUGCCUUUGCCCUCUUUAAGAUGGCAGCUGCUCGUUCAUUUCUUCACUGCCACAUUGCAUACGAAUUAAUGCGAGCCAUUCAGUGGAUUCACAAUACGGUGCACCAUACAAUAUAUUGGUUGCAGCUGACAGGCCAAAAUUCGCAACUCCUCAUGGGAAGAAGUCGACAUCUGUUGCAUGCGUUAGUACUAAAUAGCAUGCAUACAAUUAUUCAGCGCUGGCCGAAGCGGCUCGACUGGCUAUGCUGUUUACUAGGGUCCAGGAGAUGGGAGAGGAAUUUGCCUGAAUAUUUCUUUGCGUAAUUUAGACUGUAUUUGAUGAAUUCCUGCCAUAUGUUUUUCAUUUUUUAAGCAUCACAGUACACUAGCACUGCGCUGUCUGCGCCUGCAUGUGAUGUCAACCACGAAGAUAGACAAUUGGCCUGUACCCAACGAUAGAUGGCGCACCAUAUUUUGAAUCCACCGAAUUGCUCAAGGGUCCAUAUAAUACAUCUCUAUGAAUUGUACAUAUGUGACAUCACAGAUCUUGUUCUUGUUUGCCCGGCUAAAGGGAAGAUUUCCAUAGCAUGAGUGAUCUCAACAACUUUCUUAUUGCUUGUCCAAUUUUACUGAAACUUUUGUUGAUUUCAUUUUUUUGAUUUUCUUCUUUCAGACAUGCUAACUUGCUCCAAAGGUUUCACUCUCCUUUAACAAUUGCAACAAAAAGAAAACUCUUGAAAUGUUUAAGAAAAAUGACUGCAACUAGAAUGCUAACACAAUCAAUUUGCAUAAAGUGUAAUCUGUUGUACUUUUUAAAAUCUGUUUAUUUCCUCCAAGUCUAAUGUAAACAGGGUUUAGUCUAUAAUGCCAGCCUAUUUUUUCAGUCAUGAUCUGCACAAAGCCAUAAAGUGAAAUUGAUAUAUUUGAAAAUCCAAAAUUAUAUCACACUUAUUUAUUUUCAUGUUCAUUCUUAUUUUAUUGAAAUUAUGCAUGAAAUGGCUUUGACAUUUUUUUUUAUAGCAUUGAUAAUUGGUUUCAAAUGAUGCCUUAAGCUCUAAAGGAAUGAAUCAUGGAUUGUUAAAUGUCAAUCUCACUCCCCUGGGUUAAAGUUCAUCCUGCUACUAUACACCAUGUUAAAUUAAACCACACUGGUGACUUGCUAACAGCUAGAAUCAAUUUCAAACUUUGCUAGUCAACCUGUACUAGUAAUAUUCAUUUGUUUGGCCUUCAUAAUCAACACAAGAAUGGUAAUAUUGAUGAUAGUAUUAUUUAAUUUCUUAAGGGAGCAUUCUUUGAGAAUUACUGUUCAUUGGCAAUUUUUUUCUACACUAAUGUAGGUUUGAGAUAUGAUAUUCAAUAGUCAAAAUUACAACUAAAUAUGCAAUAUGAAAAUGGCAUCUGGUCAUUUGCGACAUAGUGAUCCCUAAUACAUUUGUUCAAUGUGCCUUUAAUCAUUAAAUGGUUUCUUAUUCAUAAAGUCAAUUACUAUAUUACCCCAUGAGCAAUAUGUUCAUGGAAUAAACUGGACAUGAUUGUGUAGGCUUUAUGCUAGAUGACAAUGAGUAACUCUAUAUAUAUAUAGAUUGCAUUAUCACUCAUGACUGUGAUAUACAUUAAUUUUGCUCUUUAUUGCACAACUGUGCAAACGUGCUGGUUACAUUUCUUCCACUGCUAUCGCUGCUAAUGCUGUAGUAUACUCUACUGACCUUCCUAAGGAAUCACUUCAAGAAGCUCUCAAAGGUCCACUUAUUUUGUUGAUGAACUUAAUUAACUGUUAUUAAUGAAGUUGAGCAAUAAAGAUGAUGUUUUUAUUCCUCAACUGGUCUCAUUUGAAAAUUGAUCACUGUUGAGUGGCCAUUAUGUUUAUUUAGUGUAGGUAAUUGUAUAGUGCUUUGUAACCAGAAGGAAUAAGGGGUCUUUGAUUUGAAUCUUGUAUUGAAAGUAGACCAAAUCAUGAAAGUGUAUGUACACACAUGUGCUAUUAAAGAAUGGGUAUCAAAAUCCCUGCAAUUUGAUUGGUCAAUCAUUGUCUAUUUUAAUUUUACUGGGCAGAUAUCACGCUUUUUUACGAUAGUCAUUGUAAAAUGACACUGAAAUCUCCCUGAAUUCCUAGUUAGUUCAGAGUACAUUUGGCAACAUCAGCAACAACACUGAGUUAUAGGACUAGAUAGUUCAAUGGUGUCAUCUUUUUAAAUUUUGUGAGAUAAAUAUGAAUUAUUUUGCCAUCCAAAUGGAAUUGCUUUGUCAAGUUAAAUUCAUGUAGCUACAACUCCUCAAUUGUAAGUGAAUGGACAUAUGAAUGAGAGGUCGGCUGGGGGUAAAUGAGUGUGAUAUGAAAUUUAUGGUUUUGUUUUUUAUGUGCUCUAUUCUCUUUACUUGUAAAUUCAAAUCAAUAUAUUUAUGAUAUAUUAUGUGGUUUAGGUUGCUGUCUCUGUAUUCUUAAGAAUUGUAAUGAUAUAUUACUUCUGAAAGGAAGUGAGCAGAAAAGGAAGAUAAGAGGCUUCAUGUGUUUUUACUGCAAAUUUGAAAAGACCAAAUGAGAUGAAAUGGAGAUGAAAUGAAACAAUUAAAUAUUCAGAAGCAAUGGUAUUUACAUUGGCAAGCUUCAAUAAAAAGCACCAAAUUUAUUGCAAAUACAA